AUGGACGAUGGCUGGAAGAGGAUAUGGCUGGAACAAGGAGACAUUACUGAUCCAGAAGCUGUCAAGAGCAUAUUCGAGCGCAUGCGGAUGCGUGGCUAUCCUAUCACGACAAUUGUCAACAAUGCCAUGGCUGGUAAGUUCAAAUUCAACGGGGACGCCCGGCCGAAGGUUGAGGAUCUGGAAUGGGGUCACAUGGACACUCAGCUCCAGGGAUUUCUGCGAGGCACGCUCAAUACGACCAAGUCGGCUCUCUCGGGUUUCAAGCAACAGGGGUUUGGCCGGAUCAUCAAUAUCGGAACCAAUCUACUGGCAAACCCAGUUGUGCCCUACCACGACUACGUCGCUGGCAAAGGCUCACUCCUGGCAUUCACGAGAACCUCGGCCGCAGAGCUCGGCCAGUACAACGUGAAUGUAAACAUGGUCUCCGGAGGACUGUUGCACAUCACUCGGGCUAGUGAGUCCACGCCGGAGGAAGUAUUCUCGCUGAUCCGCAAUGUCACACCACUGAAAAGAGUGAUCACGCCAGAAGAGGUGGCUGACGUCGUGCUUUUCCUGGCUAGUCCACAAUCUAGGGCUGUCACGGGCCAAGACAUUCAUGUCGAUGGAGGUUUGGUCAUGCACUGA